AUGGAGGAUAGGUUGAAUGUAAUUGGAAAUGCGUUAGAGGCCAUUUACAAUACUGCAGUCAGUAACGAACAGCGAUCAGCUGCAUCUCAGGUUAUCGAGUCAGUAAAAGAAUUGUCCCCUAAUGAUGUUGAACAGAUUGCCUAUGCAUUGAUCUCGAAGAAGGAUCUCAUCCUCGCUCGAACAGGCUGGAAUUUUCUUGAACAUAUCAUUAAAUUUAAAUGGUUAGAAAUAAAUGAUCAAUCACGCCUUACUAUUCGAUAUACCUGUUUUGCUGCAAUGAAAUCGGAGGCCAUGAUGCGGAAUGAGCUGAGAUGUGCUGCAGCGCGAUGUGUCGUUUUGAUGAUUGAGCAUGAAUGGCCCCAAAAUUGGCCGGAACUUUUUGAUCAACUUGAAGAUAUUGCUUCUGUAUCGACAACUCAUGCUCAAAUACCAUUUAUCACACUGCAGCUUUUGGUCGAAAACGUAAUCACUUUGGUAACUGUUGAAAACAUUUCCAGAAGAAAAGAUCUUAAUAAUGCUAUUGCGUCCCAUAUACCACGCAUACUGCAUUUCAUCCGCUAUGCGUUGCGUGAAUGUUCUGUUGAAUCAACAGAUGAAUCUUAUUCCUUAGUCCGUUCCGCUUUGGAUUUGUUUGGUGAACUUGUUGAAUGGCUGCCAGCUAACGUUCUAGAGCCUUAUAUUAAUCAUUUGUUAUAUACAGUUUGCUCAUUUCUUGAAACACCUCAAUACUGCAUAUAUGAAGUGGCAGCGAAAUGUUUGUGGAGAAUUGCUUCACGAAAGCAAGCAAAAAAUGAAGAAAAUCUUGUUGUCUUUGCUCUUUUCGGUGACAUUCCAAUGCGGUCAAUUCUUAGAGCUGCAAACCAAGCAGCAAGUGUUGGUCCUGAAAACGUGCAACAUUAUCGUUUUUUAAAAACCCUUUGCAAUGUUUUAUCUGCAUUAGGAAUUCAUUUGGCGGAUGUUUGGACUCAACGACCGCCUAAUUUUGGCAUGUAUUUAGCUGCCAUUGAAGCGUUCUUUACACACCCGUCGGUACGUUUGUUGCAGUAUUUACGAAACGAGGCGGUCGCUGUAUUUGCUUCUUUAAUAAAUCACGAGAAAAUUGGAGAAGACGAAAUGUUCAAUGAAUAAUUUCGCGAUCGUUGUUUGAAAGUUAUACGUUCUUGUUGCUCUGAAAAGCAUAUCAACAUGCUGAUCAGUAUUGUGGACAAAUGGUUUAUCAGUCGAUGUUUGGACCAUUCAGAUCUAGUAAGAGAAAGCGAAUGGGAUGCAAUGCAGCGGUUUUCGAAGCUUGUUUUAUGGGAAUGUCACAACAAAAAACUAUUAAAGCCUUUACGCCGACCUUUAACCGAUAAUGUGGAUGAUGAUAUUGAUGACAAAUCUGUCAAGCGACAUUGCAUAGCUUUAUUGUUAAGGAUAGUCACUAUUUUUGCUGACGACAUCAAGGAACAAGCGGGAACCAUUCUGGAAUUUUGUAUUUCAAUACGUCCCUUUUUAUCAUUGAUGCAGUUAGCUUCUUGUAUGCAAGUAAUUGCUGCAUUAAGCAAUCUUUGUAUCGAUUUUGCAACACAAAAUAAUUUCCUUUCUAAUGCUGUAUCCGAUUCUUUAUGUUAUUUUCUUCAAACUGAAAUUCAGGAAGUUCUGCAAAGUGAUCUAGCAUUCUUGACAUUUUUUGGUUUCACUUCUCCUGCACCAGUAAAUAUUGCAGAAGCAACAGAAUCGUCUUUCAUGCUCAGUCGUCGAAAGUUCCGAGCACAUUUAUCGACUCUCGAGGGAAUAAUGUCGCAGACUCAAUCGGUUGCUCCUCCCUUUCAUCCCGCGUACAGUGCUUUCCGACCGGUUUUACCGACCGUAUUUUUAUUAGUGAAACGUUUAAACUCGUUAUACGAUCCAAAAAAUGCAAGUGUUAUACAUAUGUCAUAUGGCUCUUUAUCCAUUUUUGAUAUUACCAUCAGUGAAAGACAACAGUUAUUGACACGUGAGACGUUGUUUCUUCUUUUACCAAGUGCUGUGAGACGCCUUAUAUUGCAAUUGAAUCAUGCAUAUCAUCAACAGCUCGAAUUUUAUCCGAUGAUCCAGGAACUCAUGCUCGUGCCUUUAUUUUUGAUGUUACAGAAAAAGUGCAAACAAACUUUAAUUGGAUAUUUUGCAAGUAAAGCAGCCACGCAGCUAUUUUCUGAUCCAGAGAUCAGCAGUUGGGCACUGUUUCUUUCUUGCCAUCUCACCUUUAUUCCAGAUUUUCGAUUAAGAUUUUGGUUAAGAAGAACUUGGAAACCAUUUUUAUGCUCAUGUCCGGAAGUUGCAUAUCACUGUGUUAGGCAGCUGCUGCUGGUAGUGAUUGAAGAAUUAAGCAAGCGUCUACAGAAUAGAUGGAAGCAACUUGCAGCUUCGGAAUGCGCAGAAGAUGGUGAACCUUCUCAAGAACAACUCUUAGCUGAACAUAUGGCUUGUAUUUUGACGCGGGAAUGUUCCAUUCUUUUGCGGGAUUUAUUUGGUAUUUCGGAUGCAAGUGACAAAAUCGAGGAAGGAUCUUGCAUAAAAAACUGUUUUUUGAAAGACGAGGAAGUAAUAGGAAAAAUGAUUGAGUGCAUGUUUUUAUGCUUAACUUAUCGCGAUGCAACUUCAGUGGUACGAAUAAUACCUGUUUGCAAGAAUGUCGUCGAAAAUGUUCGUUCUAAACGAUUUGAAUUUUAA